UGUGCUGUUGGAGCGUAUUUGAUAACAGAAAGUUGGUAACCAAAAGUUGGAACUUUAUUUUUCUUCUUUUGUGAUUGAUCCGACCUUUGUUCAUGACAAAAGUUUCGUCGAAAAUCAUGGACGAUGAAACGGAAAGUUUUCCCGGUGAAAACCCGUCAUUUUCCUGCUUGCUGCUCUCCUCCGCUUGCGCACAGGAAUGCACAUUAUUCCUUAGUGAAGUAGCUAUUCCUUCUUAGGAAUGCAAGUUGGAGCAUUAUUGUGGUGUCAAAAUUGCUAUUGUUAGAAGGCACUGCUUUCUCUUCCAGCAGGUUAGCAGUGGAAUUCAGAACUUGGGGAUAAGAACCAAGUUGCUUUGAACCCAUAUUUGUUCACAGGAUUGCCUUGUGAAUACCAACAGGAACUGGAAAUCUUGCCAACCAGGUCAAGGUCUUGGCAGCACAAGCUUAAUAGAGUUGAGGUUUUCUUGAUUGCAUAUUUGGUGCCUCGUUAGGAUGUCACAUUUGCAAUGCAAGCAUGAAGCAGCCAAUGGAUUUCUUGUGGGAUGUCUUAUUUCCAGUUAAGGAUUAUCACCAGGCUUUCACAUUGUGUUUCCAGAAGGUUUCAUUCCCCAACUUAUUGCAUAUCACUGCAAUUCAACACCCUUUUAGCUCACAAACCAUGCACAGCAUCAGAGGAGAGCCUAGAAAAGGCUUUAGAAAUUUUGGAUUUAAUUUCUCCACAACCUGGAAAAGAAGGCUCUGGGAACAAGCAUAUGCGCCUCAUAGAGGGAUGCAUGGAAGCACUCAUUAAAACAGACAGUAGACAGGAAAAAAAAGGAAGACUGAGAAAACCAAAAGAGCCCACUGCAAUUUCUGAUAAGAUCUCCAAGAGAAGUGUAGCUUUUUCAGGUUAUGAGAAGGAUGGCUAUUAUAAAAAUAACUCUGAUGCGAACGAUGCUCUCACCUUCUUCUUUCACAUGCGCAAACAAGGAAUGAAACCAGAUGAGCAAACUUUGUCCAGUGUUCUUAGUGCCUGUGGAAGUGAAAGAGUCUACAAUCUGGGUACCCAACUUCAUGCAAUAUCUGUUCAUUCUGGCCUGGACCUGUGCAUCUCUAUUGGGACCUCGUUGGUCAAUUUUUACAGCAAAUGUGGAGAUUUAGAUGAAGCGUAUCAGGUGUUUGAGGGCCUUCUUGAGAAAAAUGUUGUGUCCUGGACUGCACUGAUUGCAGGUUUUGCUCAGCAAGGGCAAGGCGAGAGGUGUUGGGACCUCUUCCUUCGUAUGCAAUUUUCUCUCUCUAGACCCAAUGAUUUCACCUAUGCAAGCCUCCUGAAAGCAUGCACAGGCAUCGGCUCUUUAGCUGAGGGUAGGGUCAUCCAUUGUCAUACCAUAAAAGGUGGCUUCCAUUCCUAUACCCAUGUGGCCAAUGCUCUUAUUACAAUGUAUGCCAAGUGUGGGAGCAUCGAGGAAGCAAACUACAUGUUUGAAGAGACAGAAAUUCGCGAUGUAAUAUCAUGGAAUGCCAUGAUCAUGGCCUAUGCUCAUCAUGGCCUUGGGGACGAGGCCUUAUACUUGUUUAGAGAGAUGGAGAAGAGAGCCAUAGAACCUGAUGCCAUAACCUUUCUUGGUGUUCUCUCUUCGUGCAGACAUGUGGGGCUUGUGGAGGAAGGAUGGCAUUACUUCUAUUCAAUGGUUUGUGAGCACAAGAUUGAUCCUGGACUGGAUCAUUAUGCAUGCAUGGUUGAUCUUUUAGGUCGAGCUGGGCUCCUUGAUCAAGCCAAAGAGUUCAUAAGGAGUAUGCCUAUCUUGCCAAAUGCUGUUGUGUGGGGGUCACUUCUCUCUUCCUGUAGGCUGCAUGGAGAUGCUCGGAUUGGGAGCUGGGCAGCUCAACAUAGGCUUUUGUUGGAACCUGGUUGUUCUGCAACUUAUGUGCAGUUGGCUAAUCUGUAUGCUGCUUCUGGAUCUUGGGAAGAAGCAGCUAGAGUGAGAAAAUUGAUGAGAGAGAAAGGAUUGAGAACAAGUCCGGGGUAUAGCUGGAUUGAGGUUAAGAACAGGGUUUACAAGUUUAAAGCAGAGGACAGGUCAAACCCAAGGUGGGUUGAGAUGAUUUGGGUGGUGGAUAGUUUGGUGAAACAGAUGAAAAGCCUGGGUUAUGUGCCUGACACAAGCUUGGGCUUGGAUCUGAAUGAAGAGGGUGGUUUCAUUGAUUGUUAUUAGUUGAAUAUUGAGAUAUGAUUCUUUACUUCUCGGUAUUCAUUUUGGUAAGCAUUGAUUCAUGUUGUACCGUAUCGCAAGUUUAAGCCUAAUCCAUCUUGUAUCAGAUCACAAAUUUACAUGUUUGUUUUCUGUAAUUACAUGUGUGCGUGCAUUGUACUGAUAUAGCUUUAAUGUAAUAUUGCAAGAACAAACUACACAGACAAACAAAUCCUCUAAAUGCUUAAUUUUUUCUAAGAAACAUGCGCUGGUUUGGUUUUAUUUA